AUGGGGGGAGGCCACAGUAAAAACUGCCUAGACACCGCAGAAACAGAACAGCAAGAUAGCAGCAGCAACAGCAGCAGCAACACAAGCAGCAGCAGCAACAGCAGCAACAACGAAGCAGCAGAGAACAGCGAGGAACUCUGCUCUUACUGCUUUCCUUCCUUGCCUUUGUACACCGCAUGCAACAGCAGCACAGAAGCAAACAGCAGUACCAGCGGGCCUGUCAGCAGCAGCAGCAGCAGCAGCAACAGCAGCAGCAGCAGUACUAGUAUCAGCACGCGAGAUGCCUACAGCGAUGCAACAACCACAGAAGUUGCGGACACAACCCCUGCAGCAGCAGCAGCAGCAGCAGAAGCAGCAGAAGCAGCAGCAGCAGCAGGAGGAAGCAGCAACAGGAGCCCUCCACCUGCUUUGGACUUCGCAGCUAUUGCUGCUGCUGGGAACGACCUGCUCCUAGCCUCGUCUCCAGCAGCAGCAGCAGCAGAAGCAGCAGCAGACGCAGAGGCAGCAGACGCAGAGGCAGCAGCCGCAGAGGCAGCAGAAGCAGAAGCAGAUGCAGCAGACGCAGCAGCAGCAGACGCAGCAGCAGCAGCAGCUGCUGCUAAUGAAUCCCUUUGGCCCCUAUUUAAUCGGCAUUUGCAUGCGCUGCUCGACCCUUCACUUGCUGCUAACGACAGCCCCAUCCCGCUGCUGCAGCAGGAAGAUCAGCUGCUAAAGAAACAACUUAGAGAGAAAGCAACGAACUACGUGUUGGCUGCUAUGGAGAACUGCAUGCAAGAGCGGCAUCUCUUUAAUAUUAAUUAUUCUUCAAAGUAUAGUGAUGAAGCAUUUGAGUAUAGGGUUGUGUGUUUGCCUUUGGAGCACCCCUUCUUGCAGCUGCCUCAGCAAAUUAUUCUUCAUUUUGCUGCUGCUCCUGCUGCUAUUCAUUUUCUUGCUGCUGCUGCUGCUGUUCUGGGGCCCCAGCCCGCCUUCCGGCAGCAGCAAUUACCACCUGCUGCUGCUGCUGCUGCUGCUUCUGCUGCUGCUGCUGCUGCUGCUGAUGGAGAGCCACAGCACAGGCCUGAAUCCACAAGGCAGCCCUCGGAUGCAGCAGCAGCAGCAGCAGCAGCAGCAGCAGCAGCAGCAGAAGCAGCAGCAGCAGGAUUUAGGGAGGGCAGCAGGUUUUGGGGGGUACAGCAGAGCGAGUUUUCAGAAGCAGCAGGCGGACGGGAGGCCGCAGCAGCAGCAGCUGCUGCUGCUGCUGCUCAAGCAGAAAUUGCAGCAGAAGAGUGCCCUGCUGCUGCUGCUGCUGUUUCUAUGGUCUUCGAGAGGUCGCUGCAGCUGCCAGAGGCAGCGUGGCGCUGCCUUGGGAUUAGGCUGAGUAAGGGCUGGCAGCACAUCGGCACCAGCAUGCACGAGACUUACGCCUUCCUCUUCGCAAGAAUUAUACUUCAGCCAAUCGCAGCUCCUCUCCCUCCGUGGGUUUCUCCAGGCAUUCUUGUUGCGCACUGCAGCAGCAGCAGCAGCAGCAGCAGCAGCAGCAACAGCAGCAGCAGCAACAGCAGCAGCAGCAGCAAGUUGGGAGGCAUGCAGCUUCAACGGCACCUCCAUAACGACAAUCAUUCAUCUGCUUCUCUUGCUGCUGCACCUGCUGCUGUUGUUGCACCUGCUGCUGCUGCUGCACCUGCUGCUGCUGCUGCUGAUGCUGAUGCUGCUGGUAGUAAUGAAGAGAACGACGGAGAUGGGGUUUUGACAGUGAGUUUUAUUGUUGGUGUGCAGCAGCAACAGACAAAAGAAAUAGGAGGCUUCAGCAAGUUGCUGCUAGAGCUGUGCCCCGUGCAGCAGCAGCAGCAGCAGCAGCAGCAGCAGCAAAUCCCGCUGCCGCAGCAGCAGCAGGAGACACCUCAACAUCAAGAGGAGCAGCAGCAAAUAACUCUGCAGCCGCAGCAGCUACAGCAACAGAAGCAGCAGCAGCAGCAGCAGCAGCAGCAGCAGCAGCAGCAGCAGCAGCAGCAGCAGCAGCAUGGAGUUAAGAAGCGACAAGGCGCAUGCAAGGAGACUCUAUUUGCUGCUGUACUUCUCUCUCCUUUGCUGCCGAGGGUUUUAAAGCUGGGGGGCAGCAGCGGGGUCCUGCCCUUAACCCUGCAGCAUUUGCUGCUGCUGCUGCUGCAGCAGAGCAGCAGCAGCGGGCAGAAAGCUGAGGCCCUUCUACUUGGAUACGAAGUUGUGGUUCUGGGUUCGACUCCUCUGCGAGGGCAGCGCGGCAUCGUUGCUGCAGCAGACAGCAGCAGCAGCACCGCUUUGCUGCAGCUGCUAGGCGAAGGAGAGUUUGUUGCUGUUGUUUUUGCUGAUGCAUAUUUGCUGCACCCCCUCCACCUUACCCCCAUUCCUAACAACACCAUACCCUUACCGACCGCUAGCUAG